AUGAGCGACGACAAGAAGGGCGAGGAGCGUGUGCUCGACCCCUCGGAGAUACGGUGGAAGAUGGCCGUCGCUUGUGACGUUUGCAGAAGGAGAAAAGUACGAUGUGAUGGCGAGCGACCAUGCUCUCGGUGCGCCAAGGCCAGCAUAGAAUGUACAUUCUCUUUGCCCCUCUCGUCCUUACACUGUACCCUUGUGCUGAUACUCUUUUACAGCGUCAAGCGCAAGGCACCGGGGUCACUCAGGGGCGACGAGUUCGAUGGCAACAAACGACGCGCCACGUCCUCCGCCGAGCCAGCUCAGAUGAUGCCCGUCGCAUCUACCUCCGCCAUCCCCGCCACUCCCACCGACGAGUCCCCCUCUCACAAACGGCACCUACUUCUCGUCGACAAAGACGACCAGCUCGUGUACUCUGGACCGUCCAGCGGCAUGCCGAUGUUCGAUCAGAUGGGUGUUUUGAAGACGGUCGAGAUCUCGGAGGGCCAAGCGUCCAAUGAAAAUAUUCCGCCGCCUCCCGGCUCUGCUCUCGGCUAUGCGGGGGCUCAUGGGGCGAGUAGGGAUUAUUUCGAUCUGUGUGCUCAGAAGUGUCCGGUGGAGUCAAUGCACCAGCUCAUCAAGAUACAUUUCCAGUCUUCCGCUUUUUUCCCGCUCCUCCACUUCCCAUCUUUCUACUCUGAGUUUGUCGCCUGCACCCAACGCCGACUUCGAUGUACCCCGCAAUACGGCGCUCUUCUCAUGAGCAUCCUCGCCGUCACCGCCCGCCUGGUCGAGAGCGCCCGACCCUUCUUACACGAGAAGGAUAGGCAGGGAGAAUCGUUCUACGAGGUUGCGCAGGACUUGUUAAAGAUUAGCACGAACAAGUUGGACAUCAGGCAUAUCUUGGCGCUCUAUCAUCUUGCGAUAUUUGCAGAGUGUAAAAAGUCGUCAGCUGGGGAGGCAUCCAGCUUCGUUUCCGAGGCCAUCGGCUUGGGGUUCACCACUGGGCUGCACCGCAAUGCCUCAGAAUUCCAGAUGGAUCCCGUCACUUCUCAGAUUCGCACACGCCUCUUCUGGGCUCUCUACCGGAUCAACAUCUCCCUCGCCUACUCGCAAGGCCGCCCAUCUCUCAUUCUCUUGUCCGACUGCUCGGUCGACUUCCCUGCUGUCAUCGACAACGAGUAUAUCACCACGUCGGCCAUGGGUCCUCAGCCCGACGAUCGUCCGCCGGUUAUUAUGGCGGGGGCUGUAAAAACUCUAGAGACAUUUAUGGUUUUGGAGCAGGUGCUGUCGAUCAUCAAUGCGCCGGCGAAUCCGAUCUCCCAGAGGUACUCGGUGGAUUCAGCGGACAGUCGUCAAGGUGAUAGGUUCCAGAGAGCAGAGACCCGUCUACAAGAGAUCGAGCGUUCCCUUCCUCCCUACCUACGCGAAGAAAGAGUACCCCCCAACAACGAAAUUAGCGUCCACUACAUCGUCUCCAGCCGCAUCCGCUCCAGCCUCCUCUUCGUUCGCAUCCUCAUGGCCCGCCAAGCCCUUGUCGAAGAGUUCGAAUCAUCCUCCCACACGGGCUCGCCUGCUCCCACCGACUCUACCAUCACUGCCUGUCGGCUUUCCAUCGACUGCAUCUCCAUGUACACACGGCUCAAGCACGUCGACUACCUCCAGUACAGCGGGUUCUACUCUGUCUCGCACAUCACUGCGGCAGCGCAUACGCUUAUCGCCUGUAUGGUCCGAAGCACGCAGCUCGCCCAGGCGCAUCGACAAGAGUUGAUGUCGGCUAUCGAUCUUCUGCGGUUGCUGUCGAGGCGAUUCACGUGCUCGGAACCGGCUGCUGUACUUCUUCUCGACCUCACGAAGAGUCUCGAUCUCAACAAUAGGCAAGGAGGGUCGUCGUCAGACAGAGAGGCGGUGGCGAUUAGAGUACUUGCGAGGAAAAUGGCAGUCUCCCCUUCGGCAGCGGCGCCCAUCCCUCUUCCGCCCAUAUCCCGAUCUGCUUCCCCCUCUUCCCAACCUCCACCUCCUCCCGGCGCCUAUCCUCCCCAAGCCCAGGCGAAUUAUCCCGGCCAAGCUUUCCAUCCCAGCUCCAUCCCCUCGUCGCGCAUCGACCCUGCUCUUCAGUCUCAACCCGAAUACGCCAUCGCCCGCUCAACCGAUAGCGAUACCCGCAACAUGCCCCCUCCCCGCCCUGCUCAUUUCUCUCCCACCCAAUCGCUCUUCAGUAUUCAGUCGCCUUCGAAUGUGUCCUCGGCGCGAUACGAACCGCCUCCUCGAUGGGGCGUGAAUGGAAGUGGAGGGCUGGAGACGGAGCUGGUUGGUGAGCAGCAGCAGCAAGCAGGAUCCUACGCGGUGAAUGGGGAGUAUAUGGAGUAUGAUGGGAGCAUGGGGUAUGAUGGACAAGGGGCGCCGAUGAGUCAGCCGGGGAAUGAGUGGCAGGGGAGUGCGCUGGCGGAGGGUUCAGGGCGUGAAGGCCAGGAGGGGCAGGACGCGGCGUUGCAAGCGCAGACGCAACAGAUUGCCGAGUUUAUGGUGUCGGGGAUGCCGCAGAUGGUGCCGACGAAUGCGCCAGCGUCGGGUUCGGAAUGGGCUGCCAACUUUUCCUUUUUGAAUGAUGGGCUGUUUGGUCCGCUUUAG